UGGCCAGCCUCUGGUCUUGGCAGUGGCAUUGGGGUGCCUCCACCAUGGCCUGGACCCCUCUCCUCCUCAGUGUCCUGGCAUACUACACAGGCUCCGUGACCUCAAACAGGCUGACUCAGCCCCCUUCCAUUUCAGUGGCCCUGGGAGAGAUGGCAAGGAUCACCUGUGAGGGAAACAACAUCGGAAAUACAUAUGUUUCCUGGUACCAGCAGAAGCUGAACCAGGUGCCCCUGAUGAUUAUUUAUCGGGAUAGCAACCGGCCCUCAGGGAUCCCUGACCGAUUCUCUGGCUCUAACUCUGGGAACACGGCCACCCUGACCAUCAGCGGGGCCCGGGCCGAGGACGAGGCUGACUAUUACUGUCUGUCUGCUGACAGCAGUAGUAAUUGUCCUAUUUUCGGCGGAGGGACCCGUCUGACCGUCCUCGGUCAGCCCAAGUCGGCCCCCUCGGUCACACUCUUCCCACCCUCCAAUGAGGAGCUCAGUGCCAACAAGGCCACCCUGGUGUGCCUCAUCAGUGACUUCUACCCCAGUGGCUUGACGGUGGCCUGGAAGGCAGACGGCAACCCUGUCACCCAGGGUGUGGAGACCACCAAGCCCUCCAAACAGAGCAACAACAAGUAUGCGGCCAGCAGCUACCUGAGCCUGUCACCUGACCAGUGGAAAUCCAGAAGCAGCUACACCUGCCAGGUCACGCAUGAGGGGAGCACCGUGGAGAAGAGAGUGGUCCCUGCAGAGUGCUCUUAGGUGCCUGAGACCCACACCCACCCAAGGGGAUGUGCAGCCAUUGAGCCUCCAGGAAGGAUUCCCCUUGUACCAAGACCAUUCCAGCCCUUCUCCCAGCACCCAAUCGUUGCUCAAUAAAACGUCUCUUACUCAAUCAGAAA